AGGAAGUGCUGCUGCCCGGCUCACCCAGUGCGGGGUGCACCCAGACUCUCCCGGGCCAGCUAUGCGCAGUGGGUUCCGGGUCCGGUGACUGGCGGGACAGCAUCGCCGAGUGCGCGGACGGAGGAUCUGCCCUGCUGGCCUUGAGAGAAGUUUCCACGGCAGUGGUGCCCAUGGCGGGCGAGGGACUCGGGCAACAGGGGGCGACGGCCACCGCGGCUCCUGAGACCCGUGAAUACCUCUUCAAGGUGCUGGUCAUCGGCGAGCUCGGCGUGGGCAAAACCAGCAUCAUCAAGCGCUAUGUGCACCAGCUCUUCUCCCAGCACUACCGCGCCACCAUCGGCGUGGACUUCGCCCUCAAAGUCCUCAACUGGGACAGCAGGACGCUAGUGCGCCUGCAGCUGUGGGACAUCGCGGGGCAGGAACGGUUUGGCAACAUGACCCGAGUAUACUACAAGGAAGCUCUUGGAGCGUUUGUAGUCUUUGAUCUAUCAAGAAGUUCCACAUUUGAGGCAGUCUUAAAAUGGAAAAGUGACCUGGAUAAUAAAGUUCAUCUUCCCAAUGGCAGCCCCAUUCCUGCUGUCCUCCUAGCAAACAAAUGUGACCAGAAGAAGGACAACAACCAGAGUCCUUCCCAGAUGGACCAGUUCUGUAAAGACCAUGGCUUCACUGGAUGGUUUGAAACCUCUGCCAAGGAUAAUAUAAACAUCGAUGAGGCCACCCGGUUCCUAGUGGAAAACAUGCUUGCAAACCAGCAACGCUUUCCUAAAGAAGAAACCGACAUGGACAAAAUUAAACUGGUUGAGGAGCCCCUCACUCCCAAACCCCGGUCCCAGUGCUGCUGAAGUGUCUUUGUACCCCCGUACUGUCUGCUUGGUCGUGUGUGUGUGUGUGUGUGUGUGUGUGUGUGUGUGUGUGUGUGUCUGAGGAUACUCACAGUGCCAUCAUCCCCUGUGAAUCUCUCUCAGGGGCGCUUUACCAUCCUUACUGCACAGGAACCGCUCUUCUGAAGCUAGAGAUCGGUGGAGAACUGUUCCCACUAGAGGCCCCGGGACUCUGCCGGAUGAUCCCUAGGCUCUUUUUGUUCUGCCAAAUGCAGACUAAUGUUUACAUCCUUUGAAACAUUUUUGUACAUGAAUUUCAAGUGUUAGCUUUCAGUGUAAGUACUGGAGUAGUAGUAAAACUUCCUCAUGGGGUUUAUGACA